UUUUUUACUCGGAAAAUUGCUGUUACGAAAGCCAAGCCGAUAAACAUGAAACUAAACUCGGUAACAAAUAGGCAAUUAUUUGAAAUUUUCUUUUUACAUAUAGUAGUACUUUCUCUGAGAGUAAAUACAACGAUGGGUCUGGAAGAAAAAAGUAUUGAAGUUCUAGAACCGAAUGAGAAAAGUAUAUGGUUUGUGCGUAGAAGUAGUUCGUACACUAUUACAUGGACCCAGAAAACUACCGCGUUUAGAUGGGRCAUUAGACUUCUCGAUAGCGAAACCAUGGAGAAAGUUCUCGAUAUUAGCCAAUCCUUGAGCGAGUAUAAAGAUAAAGAAAUGAGUUUUAGCUGGUUGAUACCAGAUAGUGUUUCAGAUGGUACGUAUGUUGUCAGAGUCAAGGACAGCAGCAACGACAAGAAUUAUGGGGACAGCCAACCGUUCUCAAUACGAACACAAGAGCUCGAUGGCUUCACGUCCAACACUUACAACUCCUUUUCSCCGUCUUCUCCUCACAGUCCCUCUCUUUUCACAACUCUCAACUCAACUCAACCAGAACAUCUCCUUCCUCACGAGAUAAAACACGCAAGACACUUGGAAGAAGAGGAGAAACGCUUUAGAAGUAUCAACAUGGARGACUAUUGGCCCAUGCCAAGGGAACACUGUACGAUACAACGUGUACAUCGUCCAAGCAAAGAACAGUUUAUGAAAGAGUUUGUAAAACCAAAAAUUCCUGUUAUUAUUACUGGUUUGAUGGAUGACUGGGAAGCAAUGAAGAACUGGAAUUUUGAGGAGCUUGGUAAGCAUCUUACCAAGGGAGUAAAGGUGGAUAUAAUGGAAAUAGUUGAUUCAGAUAUCAGGCCCUCUCGAUUUUCUUUCCAUAUGGAACCAAAGAGGUCUGGGUACCACUGGCGAGUAGAGACUAUCAAUGGAUCUCUGUGGAGUGCAUUGAUUUUGGGGUAUAAACGAUGGGGUUUGUACCCGCCAAACACUUUCUUUCCUCCAGGAGUUGUCCACAACAAAUAUCGCGUCCAGGACUCUCAGUCAUCUGAGCCUUUCACGUGGUGGGCCUAUACUCAGCCUCACUUACAGGCUGACCGUCAGCCUCUAGAAUGCGUCCAGAGGCCUGGGGAGAUUAUGUACAUUCCGUCGGGGUGGUGGUGGAGUUACAUUAACUUGAACGACUCUAUUGGCUUAAAGCGAUGGAUGUGCGAUGAAAUCAGUCUCCGAUCUUGUCUGACCGAGCUUAAGGAACAAGCGGACAGCGGUCGUCAUAAUUACUAUGCUGAUGUUUUCAUCCAAUUACGUCAUUACCUAUCCCAACAUCACUCAGAAAUCCUCAUGGUUGAUGACCGUGAGUUUCAUUCUCCUAUCAGUGGACUGGGAAAGACCUUUGCUGAAUUGCAGGACGAAACUAGUCAACGAGAAUACCAGGAAUAUUUUGGUAAAUACGAGAUUGGGCGCGAAUACCUUUAUGAUAAUGGCCAAGAAGAAGAAACACAAGAUGGAAAUGGGAGAGAAGAGCAGAGUCAACAGGAAAAACGGUUAGAAAGCAAAGAAUGGAUCAAACAAGUGAAAGAAGCAAGAAAGAAGAGAAAUUUAGACUAUUGAGCAAAUUGUAUUUAAAGGGGCACUUGGAUGAAAAUGGAUAAAAAUUGGAAAUGACGUUAAAUUUAGUUAAAAGUAUCUAUAUGGCCCCAA